UUAUAAUAUAUUAUUUAAAUUAAAGUGUCAAUUCUAGAACAAAACCAAACAAAACGAAAGUCUUAAUAUCAUAUAUCCGAGUACGGCAAAUAUUCAUUCACUCGUCGCCCUCCUACUUUAAUUCUUUCUUGUAGUUAAUUCCUACCGUUAAAAAUAUAAAAAAUAAAAUAUAAUUAUUAUUAGUAUUAUUAUUAUUAUUAUUAAGAAGAAGAAGAAGAUAAUGGGAAACGGCAUCGGCGGCGGAGGAUCAUCAUCCAGCAAGAUCAUGAAAAUCGACGGCGGAGAGACCUUCAAGCUGAAGCCGCCGGCGACCGCCAUGGAAGUGCUCAAGGAUUAUUCCGACCGCCACGUCCUCCUCGAAUAUCAAGCCGUCAAGAAGUUCGGGCUCCGGGCCCCCAAAUUGCCGCCGUGGGCCCAGCUCAAGCCCGGAGGCCACUACUUCCUAGUUGAAAUGCCCAGAUUUCCUCACCCGCCCCGGGAGCGGCAGGAUCCGGAUACGGGUACGGGUUCGGGUUCUGUGAUGGUUAAGGUUAGGGUUCCCAGGGCCCGGAUUGAAGAAGUGAUGAAAGAGGAUAGAGAUGAAGCAGAAGUGGCUGAGAAAAUCGUUGGCCUUUGUUUCGAGACUUUCGGGAGAGAUUUGUAAAAUUUAAAUAUAUAUAUAUUUGAUGGUGAUAUAAAUUAUAUUUUAAAUAAAAAUAUUUUUAAAAUGAAAAUGAUAUUGAGUAUAUUUAUAAUGUAAUU